UGGUGCGGCUGGAGGUGGCCCUUGAAGGAUGGGCAAGGUGUGGAGAGGCAGCGUCCUCGCCGCGUUGCGCCGACAGAAAAAUGCCAAAAAUGUGCUGGCCAAGGCCCUCUAUGACAAUGUGGCUGAGUCCCCAGAUGAGCUCUCCUUCCGCAAAGGUGACAUCAUGACGGUGCUGGAGCGGGACACACAGGGCCUGGAUGGCUGGUGGCUCUGCUCGCUGCACGGACGCCAAGGCAUCGUGCCUGGGAACCGCCUCAAGAUCCUGGUGGGCAUGUAUGACAAGAAGCCAGCAGGUCCUGGCCCUGGCCCGCCUGCUGCCUCGGCCCAACCUCAGCCCGGCCUCCCUCAGGGCCUCCACACCACGGCACCCCCAGCCUCCCAGUAUACACCCAUGCUCCCCACCACAUACCAGCCCCAGCCCGACAGCGUCUACCUGGUGCCCACCCCCAGCAAGGCCCAGCAAGGCCUCUACCAAGCCCCUGGGCCCAGCCCUCAGUUCCAGUCACCUCCAGCCAAGCAGACGUCCACGUUCUCAAAGCAGACGCCUCAUCACCCGUUUCCCAACCCAGCCACAGACCUUUACCAGGUGCCCCCAGGACCUGGAAGUCCCGCCCAGGACAUUUACCAGGUGCCACCUUCUGCUGGAAUGGGGCAUGACAUCUACCAGGUCCCCCCAUCCAUGGACACACGCAGCUGGGAGGGGACAAAGCCCCCGGCAAAGGUGGUGGUGCCCACCCGAGUGGGCCAAGGCUAUGUAUAUGAGACCUCCCAGCCGGAGCAGGACGAGUAUGACAUCCCACGCCACCUGCUGGUCCUGGGGCCCCAGGACAUCUACGAUGUGCCCCCUGUUCGGGGGCUGCUUCCCAGCCAAUAUGGCCAGGAGGUAUAUGACACGCCCCCCAUGGCUGUCAAGGGUCCCAAUGGCCGAGACCCAUUGCUGGACGUGUAUGACGUGCCUCCCAGUGUGGAGAAAGGCCUGCCAUCCAACCACCACGCGGUGUACGACGUUCCUCCUUCGGUGAGCAAGGAUGUGCCUGAUGGCCCACUGCUGCGUGAAGAGACCUAUGACGUGCCCCCCGCCUUCACCAAGGCCAAGCCCUUUGACCCAUCCCGCCACCCGCUGGUGCUUGCUGCCCCCCCUCCGGACUCACCACCAGCUGAGGAUGUGUAUGAUGUCCCACCGCCAGCUCCCGACCUUUACGAUGUUCCCCCUGGAUUGCGGCGUCCUGGCCCUGGCACCCUGUACGAUGUGCCUCGUGAACGGGUGCUGCCUCCUGAAGCAGCCGAUGGCAGCGUGACUGAUGAUGGUGUGUACGCGGUGCCCCCCCCAGCUGAGCGCGAGCCUCUGACUGAUGCCAAGCGCCUGUCAGCUUCGAGCACGGGCAGCACACGAAGCAGCCAGUCUGCAUCCUCCCUGGAGGCGGCAGGGCCAGGCCGGGAGCCUCUGGAGCUGGAGGUCGCUGUGGAGGCCCUGGCACGGCUGCAGCAGGGUGUGAGCUCCACUGUAGCCCACCUCCUGGACCUGGUAGGCAGUGCCGGUGGGGCUGGGAGCUGGCGCAGUACCCCUGACCCACAGGAGCCACUAGUGCAGGACCUGCGGGCUGCUGUGGCCACCGUCCAGGGUGCCGUCCACGAGCUGCUGGAGUUUGCCCGUAGCGCCGUGGGCAAUGCCGCCCACACAUCUGACCGCUCCCUGCAUGCCAAGCUUAGCCGGCAGCUGCAGAAGAUGGAGGACGUGUACCAGACACUAGUGGCCCACGGACAGGCCCUUGACAGUGGCCGGGGAGGCCUGGGUGCCACCCCUGAAGACCUGGACCGCCUGGUGGCCUGCUCGCGGGCCGUGCCUGAGGACGCCAAGCAGCUGGCCUCCUUCUUGCAUGGCAACGCCUCCCUCCUCUUCAGACGGACCAAGGCCCCUGCCCCGGGCCCCGAGGGGGGCGGCCCCCUACACCCCAACCCCUCUGACAAGGCCAGCAGCAUCCAGUCACGGCCCCUACCCUCACCCCCCAAGUUCACCUCCCAGGACUCGCCAGACGGUCAGUACGAGAACAGUGAGGGGGGCUGGAUGGAGGACUAUGACUACGUCCACCUGCAGGGAAAGGAAGAGUUUGAGAAGACCCAGAAGGAGCUGCUGGAAAAGGGCAACAUCAUGCGGCAGGGGAAGAGCCAGCUGGAGCUGCAGCAGCUGAAGCAGUUUGAGCGACUGGAGCAGGAGGUGUCGCGACCCAUAGACCAUGACCUGGCCAACUGGACGCCAGCCCAGCCCCUGGCCCCGGGACGGACAGGCGGCCUGGGGCCCUCGGACCGCCAGCUGCUGCUCUUCUACCUGGAGCAGUGCGAGGCCAACCUGACCACACUGACCAAUGCCGUGGACGCCUUCUUCACCGCCGUGGCCACCAACCAACCGCCCAAGAUCUUUGUGGCACACAGCAAGUUUGUCAUCCUCAGUGCCCACAAGCUGGUGUUCAUUGGGGACACGCUGUCACGGCAGGCCAAGGCGGCCGACGUGCGCAGCCAGGUGACCCACUACAGCAACCUGCUGUGCGAUCUCCUGCGCGGCAUUGUGGCCACCACCAAAGCUGCCGCCCUGCAGUACCCAUCGCCCUCCGCUGCCCAGGACAUGGUGGACAGGGUCAAGGAGCUGGGCCACAGCACCCAACAGUUCCGCCGCGUCCUAGGCCAGCUGGCAGCUGCCUGAGGGUGGAUGACCAGAGGACAGAGGCAGGGGAGGGUGGUGACAGUCCGAGCUCCUCAGGCACCUGACAGGAGAAUCAGUGUGCUGCAGGUUUGGGGACAGACCCCAACUCUGCCUCGGGCCUGGUGCCCCAGACUGUCCAGGAAUUUGUACAUAUUUAUGACAGGACAGGAUGUUGGGUGGCACCUCCUCGAGGAGUGGCUGGUGGUCUUCUGAGAGUGCACUGCUGGCCAGGACAGUCACCACAGUGGGGAUCCAGGGCAUGAGGGCUCCUCGGUCUGUGGAGCCUCGUGUGACCCCCCUGGGCUGACCGUGGCCCCGAGGGUGUCCUGUCCCCAGGGCAAGUGCAGCUCAGUGUGUUCCUCUCCUUCACAGGAGAAAACCCUAAAGAACUAUUUUUCAUUAUUGAUUUUCCAAUCAUUUGACUAGUAGUCAACAUUUAAAUAAAAAUUUAAAAAUGAAA